AUGAUCGACAAUAUUACUAAGCAUUGCUCCUCAUCCCCCUCCUCAGUAUCAUCAGCGUUUAAUUUAAGUGAAAUGCUCGAGACGCUUACGAAUGAUGUUAUCUGUAGAGUGGCUCUUGGGAGGAAGUACAGCGAUGGCGGGGAACGUGGGAGGACAUUUAAGAAUCUUGCCGGGGAGCUGAUGUUGGUGAUGUCGCAUAUCCAUAUUGGAGACUAUAUCCCAUGGCUUGCCUGGAUCACCCGUCUCAAUGGUUUGGACGCCAAGUUUGACGAUCUGGCUAAACGGUUCGAUGAGUUUUUAGAAAUAGUUGUUCAAGAGCAUAUGGAUGAAUUUCAUGGUCUUUCCAAGAAUCUUGUGGACCAAAAGGAUCUUGUGGACGUUCUGCUUUGCCUUCAGGCUGAUUCUCCUAUUGACAGAGUUAGCAUCAAGGCUAUCAUCUUGGAUAUUUUUGUCGGUGGCACUGAUACCUCAUUUACACUCCUAGAGUGGACAAUGUCCGAGCUUUUAAGGCAUCCAAGAGUCAUGGAAAAAUUGCAGAAUGAGGUGAGGGGGAUAGUAGGCAAGAAAACAGACAUAAUUAGAGAGGAUGAUUUGGUUGGAAUGCACUACAUGAAGGCUGUGAUCAAGGAGACUCUUCGCCUACAUCCUUCAGUUCCAUUGCUAUUGCCCAGGCUAUCGACCCAAGAUGCACAAAUAAAUGGCUACAACAUUAAAGCCAACACACAAGUUAUAGUGAAUGCAUGGCAAAUUGGAAGAGAUCCCAAGUCAUACAACAAGCCAGAGGAGUUCGAGCCAGAAAGGUUCUUGGACAGUGCCAUAGAUUAUAAAGGCAAUUACUUCCACUACAUUCCAUUUGGGGCUGGGAGAAGAGGUUGCCCAGGAAUUCAGUUUACCAUGGCUGUCCAAGAGAUUGCAUUGGCAAAUUUAGUGCACAAGUUCAACUGGGCGCUGCCCGAUGGCACAAGAGGGGAGGACUUAGACAUGAUUGAAUCUACUGGAGCAAGCGUUCGCAGA